AUGCCUCGGCUGCACGGCAGAGAGCGAGAUCAUUCCGGGGGAAUUACGAAGGAGCUUAAUUCUGUUGCUUCCGAGCUGGCAGCGCAGCGGGAGGAAAGUGAACAGUCUCAUAAACAUUUAAUUGAACUCAGCCGGGAAUUUAAGAAAAAUGUACCUGAGGUGAUUGCACUUAGUAAGAGGAGCAAGGAGGCUGAGACGGCUUUCCUGAGUGUUUACAAGCAAUUAAUCGAAGCUCCAGACCCUGCUCCUGUGCUGGAGGCUGCACGGAGCCUGGAGGACCGCCUGCAGCAGCUCCAGCGCCUCGAGCCCGAAAAUCCGCCCCUGAAGGAGCUCGGCCGCCCCUGGAAGAAGCACCCGGCGCUCCUCGGCACCAAAGAGCAGAGAGAAGGGACAUCGCCAGUGGCCGGGCUCGCGGCGGCCGAGACCACGCUCCCUGGUGUCGACAGCAAAGCCCUUUUGGCAGAAGCCUGGCUGCAGAGAAAUGAGGCAGAAAAACAAAAGGGGCUGCAGGAAGCCCAGCUCACCCUGGCUGCACGCCUGGGGGAAGCAGAGGAGAAGAUCAAGGUGCUCCACUCAGCGCUGAAGGCGACGCAGACGGAGCUGCUGGAGCUGCGGUGUAAAUACGACGAGGAGGCUGCCUCCAAGGCAGACGAAGUAGCCAUGAUCAUGACGAACCUUGAAAAAGCCAACCAGCGUGCGGAGGCUGCGCAGCGGGAGGUGGAGAGCCUGAGGGAGCAGCUGGCAGCCGUCAACAGCUCCCUGCGCCUGGCCUGCUGCUCCCCACAGGGCGCUGCCGGGGACAAAGUGAACUAUUCCAUGUGCUCAGGGUCGAGGCUGGAGGCAGCUCUGGCCGCCAAGGACCGGGAGAUCCUGCGGCUCCUGAAGGACGUCCAGCACCUCCAGAGCUCGCUGCAGGAGCUGGAGGAGUCCUCCGCUAACCAGAUCGCCGAGCUGGAGGGGCAGCUGGCCGCCAAGAACGAAGCCAUCGAGAAGCUGGAGGAGAAGCUGCAGGCGCAGGCGGACUACGAGGAGAUCAAGACGGAGCUGAGCAUCCUGAAGGCCAUGAAGGUGGCAUCCGCCAGCUGCAGCCUUCCCCAGAGCAUAUCGAAGCCGGAGGAGGCCCUGCUGCUGGGGAAGGAGGCUUUCUAUCCGCCGCAGAAGUACCUGCUGGAGAAGCCCGGCCUGAUGGCCAGCGCUGAGGAGGAUCCCUCUGAAGACGAGUCGGGGAAGGACCCGCUGGGCAUGGAGCAGCCGUUUCCAUCCCCCCAGCAGCUCCCACAGGCCCCAGCGGACGAGCCGGCCUCCCCUGCUCCCCUCCCAUCCCUGGCUGGCCCUGGCCUGGCCCCUGAGGGCCCCCGGACGUUCCCGCUGUCCCCCUUCCCGGGGGGCGAGCGGCUCCCGGGGGACACGCUGCUCCCCAAGGCCCCCCCGCUGCAGCCACCCCCUUACAAGAGCGAGGGUGCUGGAGGGGGGCUGCCCUUUCCCACCACUUUCUUUGGGGCCAAAAGCAGCGCCGUGCCCCCCGUCCCUGUGCCACCCGCCGCCAGCCCCCCCGUUGAGCCCUCUGAGGGCGGCGGGGGCAGCUCGGCCGACGAGGAGCAGCUGGAUACGGCCGACAUCGCCUUCCAGGUGAAGGAGCAGCUGCUGAAGCACAACAUCGGGCAGCGGGUCUUCGGGCACUACGUGCUGGGGCUGUCGCAGGGCUCCGUCAGCGAGAUCCUGGCCCGGCCCAAGCCCUGGCGCAAGCUGACGGUGAAGGGCAAGGAGCCGUUCAUCAAGAUGAAGCAGUUCCUCUCCGACGAGCAGAACGUGCUGGCCCUGAGGACUAUCCAGGUGCGCCAGAGAGGUAGCAUCACGCCGCGGAUCAGAACACCAGAAACCGGCUCUGACGACGCCAUCAAAAACAUCCUGGAGCAGGCGAAGAAGGAGAUCGAGUCGCAGAAGGGAGGUGAGCCCAAAAACCCAUCGGCAUCUCAAGCAGUGGCCAACGGGGCGGGCGGCAGCAGCUCGGAGGAUGCCAUCAAGAGCAUCCUGGAGCAGGCGCGGCGGGAGAUGCAGGCGCAGCAGCAGGCACUGCUGGAGAUGGAGGCGGGGGGCAGCGGGCGCCCCGGGGGCACGCCGCCCGCCGAGCGCUCCACGCUGGCCGCCGUCAGCCAGAACAUCGUCCCGGCAUACGUCAAGCAGGAGGAGGGGAGCGGGGCCAGCCCCGGCCCUCCGCAGACGCCCCUCGCCGUCCUCUCGCCCGCCGCCUUUGUGCAGAGCAUCAUCCGCAAGGUGAAGUCGGAGAUCGGCGACGCCGGCUCCUAUUUCGACCAGCACUGGGCAUCGGAGCGCAGCCUGCUCAGCCGGCCCUACACCUCCGUCUCGCCUUCGCUCUCCUCCUCCUCCUCGAGCUACUCCGGCAUGGCCAACGGCCGGGUCUGGCCGCGGGGAGAGCCCGGUGAGAGUGGAACCAAUGAGGACGAGCUGCCACCGGCUGAGGAUGAGCCCCACCGGCUGACGGAGAUGAAGGCGGAGGGCGCAGGCACGGAGCCAGCAGCUGGUGGAAGGCUGUCCUACUACCCUGCCUACGUGCCACGCACCCUGAAGCCCACCGUGCCGCCGCUGACGCCGGAGCAGUACGAGAUGUACAUGUACAGGGAGGUGGACACGCUGGAGCUGACCCGGCAGGUCAAGGAGAAGUUGGCCAAGAAUGGCAUCUGCCAGAGGAUCUUCGGAGAGAAGGUGCUGGGCCUGUCCCAGGGCAGCGUGAGCGACAUGCUGUCGCGGCCCAAGCCUUGGAGCAAGCUGACGCAGAAGGGCCGGGAGCCCUUCAUCCGCAUGCAGCUCUGGCUGACGGACCAGCUGGGACAAGGCAUCAGCCAGCAGCCGACCCCCUCCCAGGCCAGCCCCGCCGAGCCCCAGCCAUCCCCCUCGCCGCCCCCCAGCCCCACCGAGCACGAGAAGGGCUCGCAGGAGCCCCUCACCCUCGCCCUGGAGAGCAGCAAGGAGAACCAGCAGCCCGAAAGCAGGGCGGCACCAGGCAAGGCGCACCCCAACAGCCAGGGCCCCGUGGGCAUCCAGGAGAUCGUCGCCAUGUCCCCCGAGCUGGACACCUACUCCAUCACCAAGAAGGUCAAGGAGGUGCUGACAGACAACAAUUUAGGCCAGCGGCUGUUUGGGGAGAGCAUCCUGGGCCUGACGCAGGGCUCGGUGUCCGAUCUCCUCUCCAGGCCCAAGCCGUGGCACAAGCUGAGCCUGAAGGGGCGGGAGCCCUUCGUCCGCAUGCAGCUCUGGCUCAACGACCCCCACAACGUCGAAAAGCUGCGCGACAUGAAGAAGCUGGAGAAGAAAGCCUACCUGAAGCGUCGCUACGGGCUGAUGAGCGCCGGCUCGGACAGCGAGUCCCCCAGCGCCCGCUCCGAGUGCGCCAGCCCCGGCCUGCAGCCCCAGGACCUCAGCCUCCUGCAGAUCAAGAAGCCGCGGGUGGUGCUGGCCCCCGAGGAGAAGGAAGCCUUGAAAAAAGCCUACCAGCUGGAGCCCUACCCGUCCCAGCAGACCAUCGAGCUGCUCUCCUUCCAGCUCAACCUCAAGACCAACACCGUCAUCAACUGGUUCCACAACUACAGGUCGCGGAUGCGCCGGGAGAUGCUGGUGGAGGGUGCACAGGACAACGACACGGACCCAGAGCAGAGCAGCGGGGUGGCCGGCCUGGGGCGCAGGGCCCCGCACAGCCCCGACUCGGACACCGAGGACCGAAAGCCCCUUUUCGAGGGGAGCGAGCACCCCUGUGCCGGCGAGGUGAAGGUGAAGGAGGAGCAGGGGGAGGCAGGCGGCUGGGGCCACCGACGGGACUCGCGCAGCCCGGCCAGGGCAGCAGAAGGGACUGGGCCCCCGCAGGAGGAGCGAGGAGGAGCCCCCCGCGCCGCCGCCCCCAGCGCCGGCAGCCUCCCGCGGCGGGGAGGCCGUGCUGGGGCCUCCGGGGGUCCCCCGCCGCCGCCGCCGCACCCCGACCCCGGUGGCUCCCAGUCGUCGGCCAGUUCAUCCCGCUGCAGCCUGGAGGUGUCCCCCAGCUCACCUUCGGCAGCCUCCUCGCCCGGCCUCGCUGGCUCGGCCUCACCGGGGCCGUCCUCUGCCGGGCCGGUCUCACCGGCGUUGCCUCCGGCCCCCGGCCCCCGGCUCAGCACCAGCGUCCAGCGGCGCCACGAGAAGAUGGCCAACCUCAACAACAUCAUCCACCGCCUGGAGCGGGCCGCCAACCGCGAGGAGGCCCUUGAGUGGGAGUUCUGA